AUGGGUACUCUUCUUGGUCAUAUUGUACCAGGUACAUUUUUUACAAUAUUUGCCAUAUGGUGGGGUUUUAGUAUUGCAAUAAAAUAUUAUUAUUUAUAUUAUCGAAAAAACAACACACAAAAGUCAAAUAUAUAUUAUUCAACAACAACAUUUCCUUGUUUAUGUUUAUUCUCAUUUCAAAAAAAUCCAAUUGAAUCUUAUAUAAAAAUUUGUUGUGUUAUUAUUGGUAUGACAGGAGAAUUUUUAACUGGUUUUACACAUUUAUAUAAUGAAAAAUUACAAAGAAAAACAUGGUUGUUUAGUGAAAAUAAUAUGCAACAUAUAACUAUGUUUUUUGGAUUUUCUUUAGGUUCUAUUUUUGAAAUACUUAUUCAUUAUAAAUAUGCAUUACCAGAUGGAAUUGAAUUUCUAGCUAAUAUUUUAGCAUUUUGUAUUGAAGGUUUUUUAUUUCAUUUUCAUCUUCAUGAAAGAAAUGAAAUUGAUAUUCAUGUUCAUUUAUUAUUACUUUAUGCUAUUAUAUUUUGUAUUAUUGCUGCAAUAUGGGAAUAUAAUAGACCAAAUCAAAUAUUAGCAACUUAUGCAAGAAUUGCUGGAACAUUAUUACAAGGAUUUUGGUUUUAUGCAAUUGGUUUUAUUCUUUAUUUUCCAUCAAAUGAUCCCUAUUGGAUAUGGUUACCUAGUCAUGAACAUAUAUUAUUAAUAACUGUUAUCUUUGUUUGGAUUGUUCUUAUGACAUGUAUUGUUUUAUUUCUUCAAUCAAUUCUUGUUUGGUAUAUUUUAAAACGAAGAUAUUCUCAUUAUGAUAAUGAAGAAAUGAUUCCAAAUUCUAUUAUUCAUAUAAGUGACAAUGAAGAUAGUGAUGAUAACAACAGUCAAAUUCAAUUUUCACAACGAAACGAACAGUAUUACAAUGAAACCUAUGCCUAA